CUUUCCGGCCAACUACAGAUAUGUAAACUUUAAAAAUAAAUUUUGACGACCUUUUGACGCAUAUACAAAGUUUUUGACAUGUUUAAAUCGAUUUCGAUGACGCCUGUGAUAUUUUUGUGUAGAUUUUAUACCAGAUUUCGAAGCUUUAAACUUUAAAGAGUGAAACAUGGCUUUUAAUUUCGAUAGUGGGCAGUUCAACAAAGAGUCGACGCCAAAACGAUUAGGCAACUGGCAAGUACCGCGUUGGGCGCCAACGCGAGCGCGACCCCUCGAAAUGCGUCCAGACCCGAAGCCAAUUUGCGACAUAAAUGGACACUUCUUGCCGGGCGCUCCCAGGGGAACGUCGAGGUGCUUCGGGCAUUAUACCGGCACCUGGGAGCUGCCGAAGAAAAUAACAAGACAAGUCGCGGAGGAAUUGGCGAAGGAACCUCCAGCUGGUAGAUUUCCUGAUUGGAUAAAUCUACGGGUUCAAAGGCCGAAGGUGGUUCCAGCAUCGCGCGUGCGUGGAGCGAAACGCGGCAAAGCGCCAAAGGAGGACACCACAGACAAAGAUGAGCAGUCUUUCAAACCUAAACAAUGCCCGUUCCACGAUCACAAACGUAAACGCACAGUUAAAAAAUGAAGGAACAAGAUGUAA